AUGCCCGGCUCGGAACCCAUCGAAGGCCUGAAGAAACGUAUGACGUUCAAAGACACGCUUUUCAAGCCGCGUCUGCGGCAGCCACGGCCAAACCUUGUGAUCCCGGCAUCAGACACACCGGCACUCGCUACCCUCCCACCGACGCGUGAAAAGUACUGCACGCUUCGCCUGAGCGAUGACUUAGCCAUCUCCAUCGGCGAUGCUUUUGAUCCCAACCCCAAGGCCACCCUUGAUGAUGCCCCACGCUUUGAAUAUGGACUCAUCCGUUGGCCCAAAUUCAUCCGAUUGCUCCUCGUCUUUCCCGCCAUCAUCCCUGAAGAGCCUCUUGAAACCCUUGUGUUUCACGCUGACUUGCACGAGGUGCCAUUUCAAAUGCUCAAGUAUGAGGCCGGAGACCUGCUGCGCACGAUGCAUCUCAAUGGGAUGCAGACAACUGUCCACCAGGGUCUCUACGAAGCAUUGCUGGCCGUGCGCGACCGCUCCAAAAGGCGCAACUUUACUGUUCUUUGGGUCGACGAGGUUUGCGUCAAUCAGGCUGAUCCGGUGGAGCGCGACGCCCACGCACGUCUCAAACGUGACAUUGUCGCCGCCUGCACGGGCAAGACAGCGGUCGACUCUGCUCUGAACGCCAAUUUCAAACGCGGGCGCGCUGAUCGCCGAUCCCUCGAGGUUGACGGCGCCGAAUCGUGUCGCCAAUCCACUGGUCAGCCUGCCCGCCAGACGCGACGUCAUUUGUCGAAUGCUUCGGAGCUGUCCGGAACCACAGCGGCAGACCCUUUGUCGCGCGCCCACUCACGCGCUCAGUCUGUGGGUGCGUCCUCCGUGAAAACGACGGAACGAAUCCGCGCCAUCUCGGAUUCAAGUGAUACCGAUAGCUCCGACGACAAGGGGAAGGCCCCGGCCAAGUCGAGAAAGUCGUCACGCGAGCAGUCGGCUGGGGGCUCGAUGCGGUCGCGUGAGGGACGACGCGCGAGGAGGUCCAUAUCAUUUGAUGUUCCCAGACAUCCGAGGGCAGAGGACGGCUACGGCAGCAAUGGCGAUGAUUCAGAUGCAGCCGCCGUGUCGGAUGCAAGCCCGGACAGAAACUACGCUGUUAUGAAGUCGCAACCUCUCUAG